AUGUCGACAAGUAGCAACUCCAGCAUUAGCAGGCUUAGACAGAUAGAAGAGCAAUUAACAGAAAGAAAUAUGGGUGAACUAAAAGAAAUUACAGGGAUUGCAGUUGUUGAAGGCACUGAGUGGACAUCCCCAAAGAAGGUUAGCUUCAAGCCUAAGACGGUGUAUGCGCGUGACAUUGUUUUGAAGGUGGAGGCAUGCGGUGUGUGUGGAAGUGAUAUUCACUGCGCGGCAGGUCACUGGGGGCCCAGGAACAAUCCCUUGGUUGUUGGUCACGAAAUUAUUGGGCGUGUAAUUGAAGUAGGUAGCGGCUGUAAAGAAGGUUUGAAGGUGGGAGACAGAGUUGGUGUUGGUGCGCAGGCGUUGUCUUGCUUGGAAUGCAGUCGUUGUGAGUCUGAGAACGAGCAGUAUUGUUCAAAUAUGACUGGUACUUACAAUUUUCCUUACCCCGAUGGGUACAUUUCUCAGGGAGGUUAUGCUUCACACGUUAUUGUGCAUGAGCAUUUCGCGAUUCCAAUUCCAGACAACAUCCCUAGUCACUUGGCCGCGCCUUUGAUGUGUGGUGGUAUUACUGCCUUCUCUCCUCUCUUGAGAAGCAACGUCGGCCCUGGUACGUCUGUUGGUGUCGUUGGUAUUGGAGGUAUUGGUCACAUGGCUGUGAUCUUUGCUAAAGCUUUAGGUGCGAAUGUGACUGCCAUUUCACGUCGUUCUAAUAAGAAAGACGAUGCUUUGAAGCUUGGUGCUGACGUUUACAUUGCUGCCGUGGAGGAUAAGGACUGGCAUAAAACCUACGCGAACACUUUGGACUUGAUCGUUGUAUGCAGCAGCUCUUUGACUGAACUUGACUUCGACCGGAUCCCUUCUUUGUUAAAGGUUGGUGGUAAGGUCUUGUCGAUCGCUAUUCCUGAAGCAUCUGAACGGUUGGUUUUGAGACCAUUGCUGCUAAAAGGGAUUAGUAUUGGUACCAGUGUCAUCGGAUCUCCUGCCGAAAUUAAAAAAUUAUUAGACUUUGUUUCAAAGAAGAACUUGAAGAUUUGGGUGGAGGAAGUGCCAAUCAGUGAGGCCGGUGUGGCUGAAGUAUUCAGAAGAAUGAACUCCGGGGAUGUCAGGUACAGAUUCAGCUUGGUCGACUUCGACAAAGAAUUUGGAGCCUAA